UGCAUUCUGAUUCAUUUUGUAUUACAGUGAAAUCAUUGAGAGGCAAAAAAUUGUGUCUAGCUGUGAUUUGACAGCUUCUGACGCUGAGUCGUCUGUGCUUGUUUAGACGUGUUGCAGAGUGAUUCCUUUAAAUCUUACGUCAUGUAUACAUGACUGUAAAUUUCCAUUUAGUGUAGAUGUACUUGUGUUUUCUGAAGGCCUCAGACCUGCUUUGGGUCAGUAAGUGCCCUGAGGUUGGUGCUGUGUAAAUGACCUGAACUGAAUCUUUGGUUCCACAGAGUGUCGUACUGAAGCCAGGGCAAACGUCUCAUCACCACCAUGGGCACGUUUGACAGGUUGUGUAGUACCUCUAGGUCAAUCACAAAGAUAUCAAUGCUCAAUGCAAGUACAGCUAUGAGUUCUCCUUGUUCUACUUAAUAAGACUUCUCCACCUUUUUUACUGGAAUUUACUAAAUGUGUCAUCAAUACGUGACGUCAGCCUUUUGUGGUGAAAAUAGGUCAGGAUGUGAAAAUCAGAUUCUACCACUGCACUGAAAUAAACAAAUAUAUGUUAUUAAAGCCUACAGGGACGGUACAGUAAUAAUGGGCGGCUGCACAUACUGCUGUACAGGGAGCACUACGAACCGGGCCGGAGUCGACCCAUCAGGGAUCUGAUCUAUAGGUGUCAACAAAACAGAGCUUAUGAUAAGAAAUGACAAGUAUUUUCCUCUAACUUUUGUGUCAGUUUGUGAAGAUCUGUCAUGGUGGAAAAGUGUCAGUAUGAUAAGAAAUGCCAAAAAAGGCAGGGCCUCCAGAAAAAACAUCUCUGCUGGAAAACGUUCUAUGUGGAGGCUCCUGCGUGUCAUUACUUGCCCGGUGUCUUCAAACUGAAAGGCAACGCGCUGAGGUUGUGCUCCUCUCUGAGGUUUCAUUGGUCAGAAUGACACAGAACUACAGUAACACCACGGUGCAGGACCGUAUCAACAGCAGCAUCAGUGCUUACGAAAACGUUCGACAUGUGAUCACAUGCGUCAUCAUUUCUGUUGAGCUCCUUUUGAUCCUCGUGGCCAUCUAUGCUGUUUAUGCUCUGGUGAGAAAAGACAACGUUGCUCCGAUCUACGUCGUCAACCUUCUGACCUCUGACUUGCUUCUGCUCUGUUUAAUGAUCAUUAAAGAGACUAAAGCUGCUAAGUUCAAAGGUUAUUACAUGUUCCACUUCGCUUGGAUGGUCAGCGUGGGCUUCAUGCUGUGCAUCGCUCUGGAAAGGUAUUUGGUCAUCGUCUGGCCGGUCUGGUACCGAACCAGACGAACAGUCAUGGUCUCGCUCGGUGUCUGUGCUGUGGUCUGGACCCUCCCUCUUGUCUACGUCGUCCUCGGCUACAGUUGGGAAGGGUUCACAUUUGUCUCUCGUACCGUCUUUGGCAUUGUCCUCCUCGUCCCGUUUCCUCUGCUCGUGUUCUUCAUGGUUGGGACCCUUAGAGCUUUGUCUGCCUCCAUCAGUGUUCGUGCUGAGGAAAAGCGUAGAAUCGUGGGACUUCUGGUUCUGGUGCUGCUGAUUUACACACUGCUGUUCCUGCCUGGCAUCAUUUUCUUUCUGGUAGACGAUGUCCGAGAUCGUAAACUGAGUUUAGUUUCUUUCACAUUUUUUAAGCUCAGUCCUUUUGCCGACCUGUUCCUGUACAUUUUCCUGAGGAAAGGGGCCAUGCGUAAAGUUCUGGCCUGUUUUUGUUGCUGCACAAAGGACAGAACUAGUCAGCAGGUGACCACCAACACCAAUGAUGGCGACACAGGCAGCUCCAUGUAGAACAAACAGAACAAACAAAUGACUGACUGAUGCAGUGACACAUAUUCUUUAUUUUUGCUUUGCUGUAAAUGGUUUUGUUUCCACUAAUGUGUCACGAUGAAGAUCUUUUGCAGUCUUUGUGGCUUCAUCCAGGUGUUUCCUUCAUGUCUAGUUAAUGGUCACGUCUCUAUCUCUCCUCAUAGUUCACCUGUCGUCUCAUUUAACUGAGUGUUGCUCACCACGUUGGCUAUUUGCUCUUUGUUAUUAUUGUAGAGUAUUUACAGACUAGUGUUGGAGUCAGAACGAGGAAAGACGAGUGAUCAACCGUGUGCGGACAAAGUGAUGGUUUCCAGUCCAACUCACUCCUUCCUGUUUCUGACAUCUGUGUAAUAACUUUCACAUGGAUGCACUGAGUAAACAAGUCUGUUAUUUUAGGCUAAAGUAACUAAACGGAUUGUUUGACAUUUUUGAGCCACUGUCCUGUUGCUUUGUGUUGCAGUACUGACAUCAUGUUCACUUCAAAAUGCAAAUACAAAACACAAUGUUAAUCAAUAUGUAAACUGUGAUUACUUCUGUUUGAUUCUUGUGUAUUUUUAUGAAAAUGUUUCAUUCUUAAUCCUAGAACACUUUUUGAACGCUAUAAAAAGUUACACCAUCACUUUUGCUGGGUAUUUUUUACCCCAUUUAAUAUAUCCAAUAAAAAGUAAUUGUCAGGAGAAAUAGAUCAAAAUAUGACAACACAUGAUGAAUUAGAUUUUAGGUUUUCUUUUAUUUUUAACUGUGGCAUGUCUAAAAACAUAGAAAAAAAAUAUAGGAAGAUCCUAAAAAUAUGCUCGAAAAUUACUGAAACAAAUACUGGUGGCUGCCCAGAGACCCAUGACACUCAGAAUAAUGUUGAAAAUCAUGUAAAUACUUUUGCUCAGGUGAUUGCACUGUUUUUCUUUUAUUUUUCCAACAUCUUUAUUGAACAUUUAUUGAAUGCUGAAUGAAGAUAUUUAACCUUUUUGAAAAAAUUCUCUGAGAGACAUUGCUCAACUACUGCGUGCUUGACCACACAUUUAUUAAAGUCUGUUUCACUUGGGAAGAGACUGAGGUUCGCUAGAGCUGAAACAUUUUUUCCCUGCCUUUACCCCAUAUCUGUUGAUUUUGUACCAAUUGAUGCAGUAUCUUGACUUUGCGAGUGCUCGUUUAUUACUUUUCAUUACAAUGUAAUGAUACAAGUCCAGCCACUUAAUCCCCACCAUCACUAACACCACAGCUUCUCUUAGUCCUUGUCCUUAAUACUAACAUGGCUACAAACCUGGCACCACUCCUCACCCUCAACCCCUUGUUGCUAAAUGCUACAGUGGUGGCUGCUGCAGUAGCUUAAAACCCACAUUUAAAACACGUUUCUCUCUAUUUCGAGUAAUAACUUAACUAAUAACAACAACAUAACACGCUGAGGAACAUAUUAUUAGCAAACAUUAACGUGGUGGUCUGAAUAUGUUUGCAUAUCAUUAAGUGGUGCCUGUGGAUCAAAGAAUAGGAGACUGAGUGUCUUGACGCAGCGGGUGCUCAUUCAUUCAUAACUGAGGAGCAGCCUGUCACGGUUUAGAUCAUGUUCCUGUUUUAUUUUGAAAGGACUUCCGUUUCUGGUCACAUCACAGUAGUUCCCGUGUUAUUUCCGGUUCUCAUUACUCACACCUGCCUGUCAUUUGUAAUCACCCACCGGUAUUUAAGCCUCAGUACUCACCCAAGCCAGUUGCCGGAUUGUUGCUGUCCAGCGUUAUUUACCGU